CCCGCGCAGCCGGCUCGCGCUCGGGAGACGUGCUGGGCCGGCCGCGAGCCUCGCACGGGGCGGCGGGCUGCGAGCGCGCAGGAGCGCCCGAGGAUGCGGACGGCCUCCUCGACGAGAUCCAUCGCAGCGGGGCGAUGGUGAUCGAGCCGCGCGGGCUCGUCAUGGCCGGCCCGCCGUCGUGCCUGGCUUCCUCGCCGGGCGGCGCCCCUCCCGAGGCGACGGUGAUCGGCCGCAGCGGGGGCAGCAUGAUCGCCCGUGCUGGCCUCGACAGCCGGUUCGGAAAGGACCCCCCGCCGAGGGGCGCCUCUGGCGGCCAGCGCGAGGCGGCCCCCCGCGCGGACGGCGGCCUGCCGGCGGGCCGCCCGCGCACGCCGUCCCCGCGGACGUGCCGUCUCCUGGGCGCCGUGGAGACCUGCGCCGCGGAGAUGGAGGGGCUGCAGCUCCGGAUGAGCAGGCUGCGCACCGCGCUGUGGUCGCCGGGCGGCCCCGCCCGCGGGCGGCACCACGACGGCUCCAGCGCCGGCGGCGGCGAGGACAGCGACCUGCUGGAGGCCGAGAGGAACCUCGGCGAGUACCUCGCGCGAGCGGCCUCGGCCGCGCGGCGGGGCGCCGGCGCGCAUGAUGCCGCGCGAGCCCCCGGGCUCGGCGGGUUCGAGGACGCUGGCCUGGCGCACGCGGAGGACGUGGACGGCGGGCUGAGCGACUACCUCCCGGCCUCCGUGGCCUCGGCGGCGUCGGCGGGGCGGCCCCGCACGCCGCUGCAGAGCAGGUCCCUGCCGGGGAGCCCCCGCCGCCCGGUGCGGGCCGCCAGGGCAGGCGGCGCGCGCGCCGACGACGAGCGCAGUCUGCUGCUGCAGGUGCGCGAGCUGGGCCACCUCGCGGAGGCGAGGGCGGCCGAGAUCCAGGAGCUGCGAGGAGAGGUCGGCUGCGUGCCCGUCGCUUCCGCGGAGCUGGCAUCGCUCGUGGAGGAGGCCAGGGCGCUGACCCUGCGAUCUCGCGAAGGAGCCGCGCAGGUGGCCGAGCUGCGCGCCGAGAGAGCUGCGUUCACGGGCGUGCUGGACGCAGACCUCGCACGCGCGGGGGAGCUCCAGGAGGAGCGCCGGGCGUUGUUGGACAGGAUCGGCGGCUCCGAGCGUGGCGAGAGGCAGGCGAUGCACUCGAAGGAGGGGGCGGAGCUGGAGGCGGACGCCGAGAAGCGGCGGAGCCAGGAGGAGCUCGCGGCCCUCGACGACUCCCUCGAGGCAGCCCGUGCGCAGGCCGAAGGCGCCGAGCUCAGAUGGUCCAAAGCCGAGGCUGCCAUCGUGGAGCUGGAGGGCCAGCAGAUCAAGGCCAGCGGCCUCGCCGCGGAGCAGUCGCGCGCCUCGGAGCUGUCCCUCGAGCGCCAGGCGCGCUGCGAGCAGGCCCUGCAGGCGCAGCGGGGCAGGGCGUGCGAGGCGCGCCUCGCCGCGCUCGACGCGGAGCUCGCCGAGGCGAGGGCCCAGGCCUCCGAGCUCCGCGGGGCGAGGGCCGCGCUCGCGGCGCGGCUCGGCGCCAGCCGCCGCGGCGCGGAGGAGACGGAGCAGAAGGCGCUCCGCGUCGCCCGCGAGCUCGUGGACUCCUCGCAGGCCAUCCUCUGGCUGCGCUCGGAGGCGGCCGCGCAGCAGGGCCUGCGGCUGGAGCUGUCGGAGGCUCGGGCCCGCGGGCACGGGCUGCGGCAGAGGCUGCGGCAGGCACCCGCCGACCACGGCGGCGCCGACGGCGGCCGGGAGCUGGCGCUCCUCCGGCCGGCGGAGGGGGGCCUCGCGGCCGGGCCCUCGGAGGAGGCGGGCAGGCAGCUCCCGACGGUGAGCGGCGCCCUGCGGGCCGCGUGGGAGGCGGAGGCGCGGGAGCAGCGCGCCGCGCAGAAAAGGCUGACGGCCCUCCAGGACUGCAUGGCCCCGCUGCAGCAGCAGCUGCUGCGCCUGCGGGAGACCGCGCGCGGCUGGCGCGAGCGGCUCCUGCGCCCCGGCCCGUGCGGGGCGCCGCUGCCGCCGGUGCCGGACGAGGCGGCCUGGAACGCCAUGCUGGCGCACGCCGUCGCGGCCGGGCGGGGCGACCUGGAGUACACGGGCGGGGCCGCGGCCGCCGCAGGGGCGCUCUGCGAGUGCAUCGAGGCGCUGGUGGAGGAGACCUCGCGCCAGCUGGCGGCCGCCGGCGAGGGCGCCGCCCCGGCCGGGCAGGAGCGCCUGUUGACCGCGGAGGGGCAGGCGCUGCGGCAGGAGCUCGAGCAGCUGGAGCGGCGUGCCCGCCAGCGCCCGCCGAGCCCCGGCCUCGGGAGCACGCCGACCUCGUCCUGCGCGGGCGACCCCCCCGGGGAGCCGCGCGCCGCGGGAGCAGGCGAGGGCGUGGCGGCGCCAGGCCCGCGGGCCAGAGGCCGCGAGGGGGCCGGCGGGCGGCCGUCGCCCGCACUCGUGAUCGCAACGAGCGGCAGCCUCGCCGCGGGCAGCGCGCACAGCAGACGGAGCACUGCAGGCUCCUCGGCGUCGUCGGCCUCCGUGCGCGGCAGCCGCGGCGGCGGCGGCGAGGACCGCUCCGCGGCGGGGCUCCGCGGGUCCUCCGCCGCGGCCGCGCCGCGCCCAGGUGGCUGGCGAGGGCCCGGGCUGCCCGCGGAGUGGCGCGGGAGCCCCGCCGCGGAGCGCUUCGACGCCG